AUGUGUGGGCUAGGCGGCGAAAUUCUCGACAUUCUCGACCGUCUCGUGUCUGAUUCUGAAACUGCGUUGUGGCAGGAUUGUGAUCGUUUGAUGACAUUCACUACCAUAUUCUCUGGGCUUGGGAUCACACUAUCCGAAAGUGAGUUGUCCCCUCUGCUCAACACCGACUCGGAGUUACUCCGUGAUAACGUUCUGUCUACGACUUCUACGUACGUAGUUAUCCUUACGGUCCGAACGUACGCACUGUACAGCUCGUCAAAGAAGAUAUUGAUCUUCUUCGUGAUGGCCAUCUUUACCUUGGGAGCAAUCAAUAUCUGGGCUAUGGCGAAAUGGACCGGGUCUUUUAACGCGCACAUUAAAACCAUUCCAACCGAGUUGGAUACCUCUGUGAGAUGCUAUCUAAGCCGUGCGAGUAAUAUAGGUCUACUGUGUUACUUUUCGCUCCUGACGGGCGAAACAAUCAUUGUGUUGAUGACGGCUUUGAAAGCCACGAGUGCGUGGUGGGAGAGUCGGGGUCUCAAGAGCUCCCGCCUGAUAACUGCUUUCUAUCGAGAUGGUACAGUUGCAGUCGUUCAAGCAAUCACAUUGCAAACCAUCUAA